AUGUGGUACAGUGAAAAAUGGAAUGAUUAUCCUUGUGAAAGUACCAUUCCAUCGGUUUGCUCGGAUGUCAGAGGGCAGAAUGUGACAUUUGUCUACAUAAACAUCCCCAUGACAUGGACUGAGGCCCAGAGCUACUGCAGAGCUCAUCACACAGACCUGGCCAGUGUGAGAAACAUGACAGAGAACCAGAAGGUGGUGGAGCUGAUUCCUUCAGGACGAAAAGUCUGGAUUGGUCUUUUCAGACACUUGUCUUGGUCAGAUGGACAGAUCUACUCAUUUCACUACUGGGAAAACACAAAACUGGACGGAGCUGGUGAGAAUUGUGUCGCUGCAAACUUUGCAGACUCUGGAAAAUGGAGCGGCGUUGGGUGUGAUUCUGAUCUCACAUUUAUUUGCUACAGUCAAUCUGCCCAAAGGCAUGUGAUGAAAGCAAAAUUGGAAGCGAUGGAACCUAACUCUAAUCUGGACGUGGAUGACUUUACUGAGACAAGGAAUCCUGUAGCAGCUCAAACAGAAGCUGGACCAAAGAAGGAACAAAGAUAUCAGACUGAGCUGGAGCAAGGGGUCAGAUGGAAAAGUCUUCCACAAGGUCAAGAAGGCAGAAACAGGGCUGGCGAGAACCCGGGAGAAGAACAGAGUCCACAAGGGGGAAGUCAAAGCGGAAAUGGAGAGGGAAAUCCAGGGGGAAAUGGAGGGGGAAAUGGAGGGGGGAAUCCAGGG